UAUCUGCUACAGAGUAGGCCUGUGCAGGCAUGGAGGCCCUGGCAGUGGAUGAUGACAUCUGUAUUCUUAAACAUGAGACAGCCUUCACCGCUGCCGGCGAGAGCCCUGUAUCGGUGUGUGCCGGCGACGAAUCUGUUGCUUCCCACUUCGCCCUGGUCACAGCCUAUGAGGACAUCAAGAAGAGGCUGAGAGACACAGAGCGAGAGAAUACCUUGCUGAGGAAGAGGGUUAAGCAGCUUGAAGAUAAGCUCUUCAGGCCAGAUGCGCCUCCUUCAGAGGGUCCCCAGUACGUAAACAAGGCCUUCAGUGCUUACCGAGAUAUCUAUAUAGAGAAGGAGGACCUGCAGAUGGAGCUUAACAAACUGAAAAAGGAGAAGAGUGAGAGUGAGAGGUUGCUGACGGAGCAGCUCCAGGCCAAAGAGUUGGAGCUGCUUCAGCUGAGGACAGAGAUGGAGACCAGCCAAGGUACAGUGAUGAAGAGCCUGAACAGCCCUCAGGACUACUGGCAGGUGGAUAGGGUCAGCACUGAGCUAAAGAUCCACAAACUACAGGAGGAGCUGGAGAGAGUGACACUGGAAAACAGCAGACUGGUGGAGAGAAGUGGGGAGGAACCCCAUGGCCUUAACGGACCAGACUUGGACCUGACCUGUGACCCAAAGUAUAAUGCAAGUGAGAGGAGCAUGCAGCAGAUGUGCCAGGCUUUGCACUGUGAGGUCACUCGUCUCCGUUCAGAGCUGAAGCACCAAACAGGCCUGAUCAGAAAACUCAGGCCACUGAUCAAUGAGACAAGACAAGCUGCCUCAACAGUUCCAAUCCAGUGUCUGGAUGACGUGGAAAAGAACAACAACCUAGUUCCUCGGGGGUCAGUGCCACGUCCCCCUAGUGCCCCCCCACUCCCCUCGUGCUCCGGACGCCCCUGCCCCCCUGUCGGCGGCUCGUCUGGCACCCUGCUGCCGGACAGUCUGAAGGAGGACUGCUGGUACAAUGGGCCCUGGCCCUCCCAGAGCUGUUCAGGAGAGGCUCUGGUUGGGAGCAAUGCCUGCUCUGUUGUCCUGCCCCCACCUCCCCUGAACCAAGCUUCCCUGGAUGAGAGCUCGAGGUCCUUCCCCAGUCCCCCGAAACCCAGUGACGCUGUGUUCUGGGAGGGAUACUCCGCUGCAUCCAACUCCUCAUCCUUAAUGGAAAACUGCAGUCCCAGGAGCCAUCCCAGUACUGAGUGGGCCAAGCCCUAUUGAAAGGAACUUUGAUGGGAGAAUAGAUGAUUAGAGUGUGCAAUUGGAUGGAAAAUAGAUGAAUGGAUGAAUGAAUGGACUCUCCAACCCUGCCACAUAGCUACCACCUAACCUGCCUUAAGUUGAUAAGACCAGUCCUCUUGGCUGGACUGGACUGGCCCUACUGGUUAUGGGUACUAAGUUAAGCCAGAGUGUCUGUGAAGAUUCUCAGUCAUCCAGGUCAUGGUAUUUCAAAGUGCUAUACGAAGGCAACUGGACUUGCAAAAGGUUCUUGAAGACAUUUCACCCUUCAUCCAAAAGGCCUCUUCAGGAUGAGAGGCGAAACGAGGUGAAAAGUCUUCAAGAACCUCAAGCAAGUCGAGUUGCCUUUGUAUAGCACUUAGAGAAACUGAAGCCAGAGGAAGCCUUUUCGAGGUCAAGACACUGUAAACUUAUUAAUGUCUCUGCACACUGCAUCGGUGAACAUAUCUGACCUUGCAGAGGAAAAGUUGAGGACAGACCCUCAGUAGAAUCAGUAGUUUUUCCGUGUGUAUGUGUCCUUGUAUGCACACGCGUAAGUGUGUGCAAGCAUGCAUAAAAGCAAAUUAAUUUCUGUGUGUGCAUAAACACACAUCAGAGUGUGCCUGUGUCUCCAGAUCAGUGCAUGGGCAUUUCUCGCCUGCCUGAAUCUGUAUCUCAUCAUAAUAAACCCAAUAGGGCUCAAAGGGCCUCUUUCUCCAUUCACUGGGGCCAGUGAUCACAGGGGCCACAGCUGAACACAGUUACUGGAAUUUCUAAAAACUGUACUCCCUCCAAUGCAGGUCUUUUUACAUUUGAUCGCUGUAAAGUAUACAAGGUAUGUAGUCCCGUGUAUGUCUCAUGAUCACGUGCAGGAGAUGUCUCAGUAUGAGGACUUGAUUUGUUUGUUUCUGUACUGUGAUGGAGACAGACAUACAGUAACUGUAGGAUAACCACAGAUUUUUUUAUACAACUUUUAACAGCUACCAAAAAAAAUCUUUCUUUCAAAAUUGUUAUUUUCAUCAGUCCUUAUGUAUCAUUAUCAAAGUAGGCUGUCAAUCUACC